AGGGAGGAGUCUGCCCUGGCAGCUGCCUUGAACCUGUUUGAUCUGCCAUGCGUCCAGUGCCACUCCUGAAGGAAGCCAAAGAGAGGGAAAUCAUCCUGGCGGUGGUGCGUGGCAGUGGCUCCCUCCGCUCAGCCUGUGUGGAGUCUGGUACCUGAGAUGCCCAUGGAGGUCCCACCCCACGUGCAGUCUGAUGCCCGUCCGGCCCUCUGACCCCCUGGAAUGGAAUGAGCCUAUGCACCCCCUCCGGAUCAGCGUGGGGGGCCUUCCCGUGCUGGCGUCCAUGACCAAGGCCGCGGACCCCCGCUUCCGCCCCCGCUGGAGGGUGAUCCUGACUUUCUUCGUGGGUGUUGCCCUCCUCUGGCUGCUCUACUCACACCGCCCGGCCCCGAGCAGGCCCCCCUCUCACAAUGCGCACAACUGGAGGCCCGGCCGGCCACCCGCCACCAGGUACAAUGACACCUACCCCCUGUCAGCCCCCCAGAGGACGCCAGGAGGGAUUCGGUACCGGAUCGCAGUCAUUGCCGACCUGGACACCGAGUCCAGGGCUCAGGAGGAGAACACCUGGUUUAGUUAUCUGAAGAAGGGCUAUCUGACCCUGUCAGACAGCGGGGACAAGGUGGCUGUGGAGUGGGACAAAGACCACGGGGUCCUGGAGACCCACCUGUCAGAGAAGGGGCGGGGCAUGGAGCUCUCGGACCUGAUCGUCUUCAAUGGGAAGCUCUACUCCGUGGACGACCGGACGGGGGUCAUCUACCAGAUCGAGGGCACCAAGGCUGUGCCCUGGGUGAUCCUGUCUGAUGGUGAUGGAACAGAGGAGAAAGGCUUCAAAGCUGAGUGGCUGGCCGUGAAGGAUGAGCACCUGUACGUGGGCGGCCUGGGCAAGGAGUGGACCACCACCACGGGGGAGGUGAUGAACGAGAACCCCGAGUGGGUGAAGGUGGUGGGCCACAAGGGCAGCGUGGACCACGAGAACUGGGUGUCCAGCUACAACGCUCUGAGGGCCGCCGCUGGGAUCCGGCCGCCAGGCUACCUGAUCCAUGAAUCUGCCUGCUGGAGCGACACGCUGCAGCGCUGGUUCUUCCUGCCGCGCAGGGCCAGCCACGAGCGGUACAGCGAGAAGGAGGACGAGCAGAGGGGCACCAACCUCCUCCUGAGCGCCGCCCCCGACUUCGGGGACAUCUCCGUCAGCCGCGUGGGGGAGCUGGUGCCCACCCACGGCUUCUCCUCCUUCAAGUUCAUCCCCAACACUGAUGACCAGAUCAUCCUGGCCCUCAAGUCCGAAGAGGACAGCGGCAGGAUCGCCACCUACAUCAUGGCCUUCACCCUCGAUGGCCGCCUCCUCCUGCCGGAGACCAAGGUCGGAAGCGUGAAGUACGAAGGCAUAGAGUUCAUCUAAGCUGGUCCGUUUCCACGUCAAGUGCGGCUGAAGGCUGGAUGGUGUUAGCUGCAUCAGGACUCGAUUUGUAUAAAAACUGGAGGAGCGUGCUUUGAUUUGGUUUUUCCUUUUUCGUAACCAUGAGGAGUCCAUCUAGCCUAGCGAUUUCCAGAAUAGAGAGCUCCUCGGGACAAGUGCAGCAGCCGGAUGUGACAUCCUGGCACCGGGAAAGGCAGCGGCCACGCAGCAGUCACUUUGUCCCUGAGUGCCUGACCGGGGCUUCUGCACACUGCCUCACGGGUGUACAGAAUGGCCCCUGAGGACACCCUGACCUGGGGCUCUGGCCCAGAAUUCCCUGCGCCCUACCUCCUUCCAUGCCACCUCCCAUGCCUUCCGCUGUGUUCUCUGUUCUGUGACUGUGGGAGCACUUGGUGUGUCCCACGUCCUGGGAGCAGGCCCCGCCUCUUCCUCCUUGCCAGCCAGGUCCCACACACCCCUGCAAGACCCCUGGAAAGCGAAUGUUUACACUGUGGGAACGGCCUGGCCACGGGGGCCCAGGCCCUGAGGGCCGGCCGCCUGAUUUGCCCAUCCAGCGUGUGUUCCCUACCGAGCUGCUCCUGACCCGCACCCCUUCCCGCCACCACGACGCCAGCCUUCAGGAGCGCGGUGGCUGUGUGACACUCGCAGUUUAAUUAUUAUUAAACAAUCACCAGAUUCUGUCAUCUAGAGCAGUCAUGGUGAGCAGCCAGGGGGCUGCAGCCAAGCAGCCAGGGAAGGCAAAGCAAGUUUGCUGCCGGUUCCUGAGCCCUUGGGCUCUGCUCUUCCUGGCAACCUGCAGAAAGUGCCAUGUCCUUCAGACUGUCACCGCGACGUGAAUGUGUUCCGCCCUGGGUCCUGACGGGGGUCUGCUUAUUCUCGAGAUUGUCCCUGUCCUGUCCCAGGGUUUGUCCCCCGGGGCCCUUCCCCCCUCUUCCCAGGGGGAGUUUCCUGCAGGCCGAGGCCCCAUUGCUCCUACGGCCUCUUCUUGAAGCUCCAGGCACAGGUGAGGAGGGCAGCUGGGCAUGCUGGACCAUGCCCAUUCUAGAAAGAAAGGACUCACCCACCCAUCCCACACCAGCACCUAGGGCAGGGCAGAGCCACCUCCUGGGAGGGAAGGGCCUGUGCCGGCCCUGGCCCUGGUGGACCUCCUGGGCCUCUUCCGCCAGGCAGGAAGCCUGCAGGGUCUCCUGUUGGGUUUGCCCUCCCUGUCAGACCCACAUGAAACAGCUCUCUAGGCCCGGCUUCUGCCUUGGCCCAGUGGGCCGCGAGCCAGCCGGGAAAGUGGUGUUAGCUGUGCCGCCUACAGCACAGAGAUAUGAGGAACAGGCCAGAGACGGGACUUUGCCCAUCGGGGCUUUCUGGUGUGUUCCUGCAGGCUUCCCCAGCAUCUGGGGUUUUCAGGUUGUACAGUUGCCCCUUUCUUGCCCUCUCCUCCAGGCUGUCAGCAAAAUGAUUGUGUCCCUCCCUCCCUUAUCUGUUUCUUGUCCACAAUAAAGUGUCCAAGAAAGUGA